GCGGAACGUAGGGAAGGCAAAACUUAACUGACAGGGAAACUUUUGUGUCGUGAUCGGGACAAAGAGGGAUUUUUUUUUUUUUUUUUUUUUUUUUGAAGGGAAAAAUAAACUUGUAAAGGGAAUUAAAAGAAUAAAACCCCAUGAAAGCAAUAUAUUAAAUUUGGAGCUACAACAGUUCAGCAGCAGCAGCUGGAGAAGUCUCAUAAACGUGUUGGCUAAAGGACAGCAGCUGGACAGACUGAAAGGGCCUGUGGAACAGACUGGACACUUUUCGGCUGAGGCUAGUGUUCAGAGUAUCUGAUCCUGAAAAGAAACCGCAGUGAAACUGGAUCUUCAGACCUAGCACUAGCCUCUCAUGUAGCCCUGUUUUCAAACUGUUACUCGUUUACAGUUCCUGUCAACCAGAACUGCCAGGCAUUGUCCACUUCAUUGGAUUUUUAGCACUGCCCCCUUGUAAUGCUUUUCAAUGGAUGCAAAUCGUAUUGUGGUUAGCAUUCGUGAUGAAGACCAAUCCUUUCAUGUUCGCUACAGAAUGGAAGCCUCCUGUCUUGAGCUGGCCCUGGAGGGGGAGCGGCUGUGUAAAGUAGGAGACUACCCAGCAGGUGUGUCUUUCUUUGAAGCAGCGAUCCAGGUUGGGACGGAGGACCUCCAGAUACUCAGCGCUAUUUACAGCCAGCUAGGGAACGCAUACUUCCACUUGCAUGACUACUCCAAAGCACUGGAAUACCACCACCACGACUUGACUCUGACCAGGACAAUCGGGGAUCCACUUGGAGAAGCUAAAGCCAGUGGAAACCUUGGCAACACCCUAAAGGUUCUGAGACGCUUUGAUGAAGCUAUAGUGUGUUGCCAGAGACACUUGGAGAUUUCCAUUAAGCUCAAUGAUAAGGUUGGGGAGGCAAGAGCACUUUAUAACUUUGGGAAUGUGUACCAUGCCAAGGGGAAAAGCAUCUGCUGGAGUGGGGCCGAUCCAGGGGAGUUUCCAGAAGAGGCAAUGACUGCUCUGCGGAAAGCUGCAGAAUACUACGAGGCAAAUUUGUCAAUAGUUAAGGAGCUUGGUGACCGUGCUGGGCAGGGCCGUACCUAUGGAAACCUGGGCAACACACAUUACCUACUGGGGAACUUCAGGGAUGCAGUGAUGUCACAUGAGCAGAGGCUUCUAAUAGCCAAGGAGUUUGGUGACAAAUCAGCUGAAAGAAGGGCUUACUGUAACCUGGGGAAUGCAUACAUUUUUCUUGAGGAAUUUGAAAUCGCAGCUGAGCAUUACAAGAAAACGCUGCUGCUGGCCCGGCAGCUGAAGGACCGUGCCGUGGAGGCACAGGCGUGUUACAGUCUGGGAAACACAUACACGCUGCUGCAGGACUAUGAAAGGGCUAUCGACUACCACCUGAAACAUCUUAUUAUCGCCCAGGACCUCAAUGACAGAAUAGGAGAGGGUAGAGCCUGCUGGAGUUUAGGAAAUGCCUAUACUGCAUUGGGGAGUCAUGAUCAGGCCAUGCACUUUGCAGAAAAACAUCUGGAAAUCUCAAAAGAAACUGGAGACCGAAGUGGAGAACUAACAGCCAGAAUGAACGUCUCUGAUCUUCAGAUGGUGCUGGGACUCAGUUACAGCACCAACAAUUCAGUUCUGUCAGAAAACCACAAAGUCAAUUUCGACUCUCACGGAGCCAGGCCAAAAGCCGGAAAGAGGCACAGUAUGGAAAACAUGGAACUGAUGAAACUAACGCCAGAUAAGGUAGAAAACUGGAACAGCGAACUUAUUACAAAACAACAGAAACCGCUCCUGGCUAAGUCAUCGGCAAAGCUUUUCUUUGUAAAUCAUCUGAAAGGCAAAAAGCACAAACACAACGGCUCCGCUGCUAAGGUUCUGCAGGACACCACUAAUUCCAUUGAGUGCAAGGAUGUCCAGGUCCAGGUACACCACAAGGGAGCAAGUCCUGACAUGCUUGGGGACGAGGGUUUCUUUGACCUGCUCAGUCGAUUCCAGAGCAAUCGCAUGGAUGACCAGAGGUGUUCCAUAGAAGAUGGAAAGAGUAGACUGUCUGUGCCUGAGGCAGUGACACCCAAACCACAGAGAACAAUGCAAAAAUCCCAUUCUGCAUCUGUUGUUUCACCCCACACCAAUCAGUUCUUGGAUCUAGUAGCCAGCUCUCAAAGUCGGAGACUAGACGACCAGCGGGCAAGUGUUGGAAACUUCCCCGGCCUCAGACUGAACCAGCAGAACAGCCAGUCUGUCCUCAGUCAUCUCAUGGCCAACGCUGACAACAAGGAGCCAGAUGAAGACUUUUUCGACAUGUUGGUUAAAUGCCAGGGUUCUAGACUGGACGAUCAAAGAUGUGCUCCACCCGCUCCAGCACCCAAGGGCCCCACAGUUCCUGAUGAAGAUUUCUUCAGCCUUAUCAUGCGAUCUCAGGCCAAGCGAAUGGAUGAACAGCGGGUUACUCUGCCCUCGAACUCAAAACGCCCCAGCUCGUACUGAAACAGCCACUUGCAAGCUUAAUGUUGCCCCCAAACUUUAGCAUUAAUUCACAAAGUGUAAAAGUACUGUAAUAAAGAACUGUUCUAUUUCAUCAGUUCAAGGAAUGUUUACUGUAAAAUUAGGGUCCAGAAAUGGGGAACCUUUAUCCACCGUCUCAAAUCCAAAGUGGAACAGUAUAAAUGCCUACUGUUAAUGUUAAUGCACUAAUGUUCAAAAUUAAUUAAAGAAACACUUUUUUUUUUUUUUACAUAAAAUUCAGAAUUAUUAAUUAUUUGGAAGCUCUUUUUUUUAUUAAUGUACAUUGUGUUAUCUUUCAUGGCUGACUGUCUAUUUAAGCUAUUGGUCAACUGCCAUUUAUUUGAAUGCUCUAGCACAUUCUUGCUAACUGCCAUUGGUAACAAUAGUUUUUUGUGCAUUGAACUUUGAAGAUGUAUAUUAUUCGCACUACAUUAAUGGUACGUUUCUUUCUUUUUUUUUUAACGCUUCUGUAGAUGUCAUUCUUUUUGUUGCCUACAAGAAAACUCAUAAGGGAAAAGAAACAUUAAUUUACUGCCACAGGAAAACAUCUUAGUUUUGCAAAACAAGCCAGUGCUAUUUUAUAUCUCUUGUAUCUUUUGUUGUAUUUCCAAGAUUCAGGAAUAAACCAAUUUCUUCACACUACAUUGUUAGCUGUGCUUUAGUUCCUUAUUUCCUUUUAACCUGACCUGAUCUACUGGCAUCUCUGAACAAAAUUAAAAACUGGGCUGUUUUUGAAA